CUUCACCUUCAAGGAUGACAGGUAUGGUCCAUUGAAAUUGUUUGCACCCAAAUAGCAAUAGAGAGACUCGAGCCUAUGUUCUUGGGCAUAAUUCUCGUCCAUCCUUACCACUUGAGCGAACCCAAUAGGUCCCUUGCAGCAGCUGUUUUGGAUAAAGAUGUAUUUGGGUUCCAAACUCUACUACAUAUAAUGCAGAUGACUCGUACCUGGGAUUCAACCAUGUCAAUGAUACCAAAAGGUGGGGAAUCAAUCUGGGGUGGUCUUGAUUGGUCACCUGAAGGAGGCUUUAACUCUGCUGGAAAAAAAUUGGAGAACAAUUAUACCUACAAUCAAAAUGCAGAUGAGAGUUUUGCUAACACAAAGAAUGUGAAUUAUGGGAGGAUUAUCUCAUUUGGGAAAGAUGUCGCUGAAUUACAUUCUUGCAAGUUUGAAAGGGUUAAUUUCAGGCUUCGACUUGGAUGUAGUCAUGUAAUUGUUUAUUAUCAGCGGGGUGCUGUGAAAGGAAAUGAUGUUGCAAACACCAACCGCUCUGAUGUGUGGACAGAAUACCAUAAAAUGGGCUUUGGGGGUAUAAGAGCUGUUGCUGAUAACAAAGUUUACGCUGCUGAAUCAAUUCUAGAUCUGCUUCUUUUUGUCGUCCCCAAGUUGAUGGCAAAGGGAGUUUACCAAACGCUCCAGACAUGGAAAUAUAUUCAAUGUAUGGAAUCGGAAUCCCUACAGAAAGAGCAUAUGUCUACAAAUUAACUCCUGCUGCUGAGUGCUAUAUUCCCUUUCAGAUAGACACCUCAGCAGAAGGAGGAAGCGAGCAUUCUUGUCUAAAAGGUGGAGUCUUCUCUACUGAUGGAGAUGAAACAGUUCCUUUGUUAAAGUGCAGGUUUCAUGGGUGCAA